GACUAAACCUUCAGUGUAUAUUUUCUGUGGGUGUCUGUUCCCAGUCGGUACUACACUGUGCACUGUCCUGCACUCCCAAAAAAAUCUUAUUGCUACGUGUUCUGUGUCAGUUAUUAACAGCUGAUUUUGACAUUAAUUCAUAACCCAACCAAUAAAUAUAGGACAGCUCUUGUAAACAAUUUUAUCAGUUUGUAUGAAUUUUGAAUAUAGUUGACGUGUACACGAGGUGUAAAAUAGCUGCGUUUAAGUCACAGGCCUUCGCUAAUUAAAUUGUAAUAUGUCUCAGGCAAAGGAUUAUUUCAAUAUCAAACUAGUACAUGAAAAUUUUGAAGCUGCAGUUCACGAAGAUGACGAUGUGUUAUUACAGUAUUAUUUAGACAGUUUUGAGGAACUGAACAAGUUUUUCAAUCUAAUUGGAACAGUAUUUGGUUUUGUAAGUAAAGACCUUAGGGCAAAAAUGAAUUUAUUACAAGAACUUAUGAAAGACUCAAGGGAUCCUGAUAGUUUUAAAAGUGUUAAGGGAAUGAUUGAGUAUGAAAAGCAGAAUGAAUUACUUUAUAAAGAUGGAUAUACCUCAGGAAGUAGAACAUUACUGAGAUUGCAUAGAGGCCUUGAAUUCAUACAUCUAUUUUUGAAGAAAAUUGGAGAAAUACAGAAUGAAGAUAGCACCAGUGGAGUAUGUAAAGACGCAUAUGAGCAAACCUUAGCAAAGCAUCAUUCAUUUCUUAUAAGGAAUGGAGCAAAAAUUGCUAUAUACAGUUUACCAACAAAGUCAAGCUUACUCCACAGGGUGAGUCAAGGAACAACUUUAAUUAGAUUUACAAAAAAUAAAAAAAGAAUAUGACAUCUGAGAAAUAGCUUCUCUUGAUGUUGUGAAAACCAUAAUUUUACUCAUGACAUUGAAGAGGAUAAAGAUCAAAAGUACUGUAUUUAAAUAGCAUUGAUACAACCAAAAUUUAAUGAGGUCUACAGAAGCAUUUCUCUACCUUUUUCAGCUAAAGACUUAUAAAAUCAAGCACCACUUCUAAGGGAAUGAAUAUUGCUGAUUUGCAUAAAAAACAGUUCCAAAUAUGUAAAAUUGUUCUAGAUUUUUUAUAGCUCAUGAUAAACUUGGCAAGUAAUAUAAAUAUGAAACAUGUCUUUAUUUCCAAUAAUUGCAUACCCAACCCCCCCUCUUCAUUGUCAAUAUAUUUGGUCUUAUGCUAAUUCAGCAAACAUCUGAACCAUAGUCACCCUUGGGUGGGGGGAGGGCUGCAAUUUUCGGUAUUUUUAUGAUUUGGUCUUUCCUGGAAAAAUUUACUACCCUCACUCUUCCUGAUUACACUCUUACUAAAAGUUAUCUUUUACCCAUGAUGCCCCCCUGAGAAAAAUUGCCGCGAGCGCCCUAUGAUCAGAAUUUUUUUUUAGGAUACACAUACACUAUUUCACGAGUAUCCAUCAUUCUUUAAUGUCUACUGGGGUGAACAGCUGAUCAGCAAGUUAAAUUUUUGUGUUAGUCUACAAUGUUCCCUAUAAUGAAUUGGGUGUACGAGGGAUGUCUUUUAAGUUUUGCAUAUGGAAAUAAUACAACACCGUAGGUAAUUUUAACUGACUUUAUCGUUUUUCGAAGUAUUCUCCACAAAGAUUAAUACACAUCUGCAUGUGCUUGAACCAAUUUUCAAAGUACUUAUUCCACUCGUUUGCUGGCAAAUCCAAAACG